AUGGAGAUCUCAAUGAAGAGGUACGAAUUUAGUUUGCAAACUUCAAAAACCAUAUAUGGCCUACGACAAUCUUCAAGGCAGUGGUACAAAAAACUCACCGAAGCUUUAAUACAAGAAGGCUUUCAUCAAUCUCAAGCGGACUACACACUCUUCACUCGAGGAAAAGAUGACAGCUGCAUUGCUUUACUCGUGUAUGUGGACGAUAUAGUCAUUACUGGUCCCAACAUCACAAUUCUCCAACAACUUCAAGACUCUCUACAUGACAAAUUCAAACUCAAGACCCUUGGAAAACUAAAAUACUUUUUAGGCUUCGAGAUAGCUAGAACCAAAGAUAGUAUGUUUCUCUCCCAACAGAAAUAUACUCUCCAGCUUCUUGAAGAAAGUGGUUACAUAGGCAGCAAGCCUGCUAAGGCGCCCAUGGAUCCUAGACACAAACUUGACGAUCAACAAGGUGAACCCUUGACAAAUCCAACCACCUACCGACAACUCAUCGGCAAACUGCUCUAUUUGACAUUGUCUAGGCCCGAUAUCACUUAUGCUGUCAAUGUUCUCAGCCAAUUUAUGGCCUCUCCACGAACACCUCACUUGCAAGCCCUACAACAUCUCAUUCGAUAUCUCAAAGGCAGUCCUGGUCAAGGCAUUCUAUACUCUGCCAAGCCCUCUCUUCAUCUCAGGGGUUUUUCGGAUUUAGACUCAGCUUCAUGUCCUAUAACUCGACGGUCAACAACCGGGUUCUGCAUUUUCUUAGGAGAUUGUCUCGUCUCCUGGAAAACCAAAAAACAACCAACAAUAUCAAGAAGUUCAGCAGAGGCUGAAUACAGGGCACUUGCUGCCACGGCAAGUGAAAUAACUUAG